CGGCAGACCAGCAUCCACAAUACAGUUCGCCGUUCUUCAAGAAUCCAGGAUACGGAAAGAUUUUCUGAAAGACGAGGACGAGAGCGAGCAGGCGGCCGGCGAUAAAAUAGGAUGAACAAACGAGCUCGAAGGAGUACGCGUCCGACGCGGAGGAUAAUCUACACGGAGGAUCAGGAUGAGGAGGUUGGCAGCCGUCAACCUAAGCAGCCAACCAAGCCUCUGAAACCGAUACCCAAGAAAACGGUGGACACAGUCGACAGCUCCAGUCUUAGUGGCCUGGAAGACUCGCCUUCGGGUUCGUUGGCUGGAGAACCUGACGCGUGCUUACUCGAGGAAAGUCUUGCUCUUCCGCUCCGGAUCAUCAACACAGCCGGCCGAGCACAUUCUGUGUCGUAUCACACAUCCCAUCUGCCACAAGAUCGACAUCUGCUCACGUCUCGGGACCCGCCUUCAAGCAGCCUGCAAGCCAGCUUACUCGCUUGGUUUGACUUGGUCAAGGGGAAUCGCGAGAUGCCUUGGCGGAAAGAAGUCGUGGGAAUAGCAAACUGGACCGAACAGCAGAAGGGACAGAGAGCCUAUGAGGUCUGGGUCAGUGAAAUUAUGCUCCAACAAACCCAAGUUGAAACUGUCAAAUCAUACUACCUCAGAUGGAUGACACGGUUUCCGACGAUAUUUGAUCUGGCCAAGGCGGACGUUGAGCAAGUGAAUGAGUGUUGGCAAGGACUCGGCUACUAUUCUCGGGCGUCACGACUGCUUUCGGGGGCUAAGAAAGUCGUCGAGCGGUUUGCUGGGGUCCUACCCGAAGACCCGCUAGUUAUGGAAAAGGAAGUGGACGGGAUAGGUCCAUAUAGUGCUGGUGCGAUAGCCUCCAUUGCCUACGCAAAGCAAGUUCCCAUGGUGGAUGGCAAUGUCCACCGAGUGCUUUCACGCAUUACCGCUUUAUACGCACCGCAAGCCGCUAAGGCUACCACCAAAUUCCUGUGGUCUAUCGCUGCCGCACUUGUCCCUCAAGAUCGACCCGGGGACUUCAAUCAGGCUUUGAUGGAACUGGGCGCUACUGUCUGCAAGCCCCGUGAAGCAAAUUGUACUUCCUGUCCUCUCUCCAAAUGGUGUAGAGCAUAUCAAGAAAAGCAAGUCCUGUGUGUCCUGGAAGGUGGCCAACAGACCCAUCCGAGCAGACUCAAAAGGAGAGUCGUCGAUGACGAAGAUAUCGAGGACGUCUGUAAUCUCUGUCAGCCUCUAGAAUCGCUCCGCGCCUCGUCAGGAGCCUCCUCUAGUGAUGGGCACGUUUUGAUAUAUCCUAUGGCCAAGGAGCGCAAGAAACCUGCUCUCAGGGAGGUCGCUGUCUCUCUCGUCAUUUGGAAAGAAUCCGCGCCCGAAGAUCAGAUGGAGUCCUCAUUGGAAAACACUCCAUUAUCAACAGGCCAGGCCAAAGCACUGCUGAUCAAACGUCCCGAAAAAGGACUACUUGCCGGAUUAUGGGAAUUCCCAUCGAUUGACUUGGCCGAGAGUAAUGACUCUACAGCCGACGAGCGCCAAAAGAAGAUCGAGAGGCUUCUGGGUAAGACGGUUGUUGGGUUCACGACCGCGAUCUCUUCCCGGACGGAGGGAGUGAGUGACGGGUCGAAGUACCAGAUUCAGAGGAGCCCGGUCCAGUUACCAGACAUCGAGCACGUCUUCUCCCACCUCAGAGUCACCUAUAAGUCUUCCGUCCUCCUCAUCCAUUCACCAACCCCACCAACACUCCAAAAUCCCUCACUACCUGACCGUCCCGCUGCAUCCGGCCAGGCCAUUUGGUCCCCCUGCAACGAUAUCUUGACCGCCAACCUCGGUAACCCUCAUAAGAAGGUCUGGAAUGCCUGGCUCACUCAUUCUGAUCUCUCCCCCUCCUCCAUCCCUUCUUCCUCAAAACCUCGUAAACGCAAAUCUUCCGCUCUCAACGAUCCUCAUGCGUAACCUAAUCUGCUUGCUUACUGUCUUUCUUCUGUAUCACCUCCGGUCCUGCUCAUCACGUAUUUCUAACUCGUUUUUUUUUGCUCCACAUAUAAUUUAUAUAAACACCUGCUUGCACUGUCUACUAGAAAAAAAUCAACUAGUAAGUUUUGAGAGGAUUUAGGAAAGUCUGAAUCGCCUGUAUGCAUUUAGUCUUUCCUC